AACACUGCCACUCGCUGCCAUCGGCACUGCUUCGCCUUGGUCACCACCUCAGACGGUCUCCGUCACCAUGCGUCCACGACCUCCAAACGGCUACACUGCGGUCCCUUCCACUCCUUCAUCUCCAUCACCCGAAUACGGCGACGACGAGGAGCAGCUGACUCGCGCCCCGCUGCCUUCUUACCCACCGGACCCACGUUUCGAUCAGCCCACACCACCUGCAUGGCAGCGCGCCGGGCUGAUAGCUGUACUAGUUUUCUGCAUCUAUUUCGCGGUCUGGUUACAGAAUGGUUGGCAUAUGGGGGCGCUGGUCUGAACCAAGCAGCCGUAAGCGGUGGCGAGGGAAAUAAGCUCUGUCAGCGAUCAAUCUCUUGCUCGGAUCUUUCUCUUUCUGGGCUUUCGCGUAACAUAACACACUCUUCGACAACGGACUGGACCGACCAACCAUACAUCGGAGACGAGGACAUUGUAUCAAACUGCAUGCUAGCAUACGAAUGUUUAAUCUUCUUCCCACUGCGCACCGUACGGCUCAAGAAUCUUUCUGCCGAUAUGAACAGCAUCUCUGAACCCUGUGAUCAUGCAUGCAUGAGGCGUGUAGUCGGGGUUUAGGUGACGGCAAGAGCAAGCGGAUCUUCCCCAUCUGAUAGCUUUAGAAUCUGCAUCCCGAGCCCUUUCUGGUGCAUCGUUAUCUUGACUGGCCGACGCGGACUCCCGAGUGUCACGGCUUGGCUCUCCCGUCAACAGAAGAUCGAGCCUGUCUCACCGCUAUGUGAGACCGGCGCUUCGAGCCGGUAUGUACAGGAGCAAUGGGGCGUGUUUCGCCUCUGUCUAUCUCAAACUAUCAUGUCUGCCCCAGCAUCUACCAGUGCAUGCAGCAAGCACGCCUUCAUCACCGCCGCAGGGACGGAUCAACGUGCACCCUGUCCUGCUCUCAAUACGCUCGCAAACCACGGCUAUAUCUCCCAUGACGGCGGUAACUUGCAUUUCACGGCCGUUCUGCAAGCGGUCCGAUGCGUCUACAACCUCUCGCUCCCGCUGGCGUUUCUGCUGACAUUCACGGGGUUUAUCACUUGCGGAAGCUUCCGGCUCGACUGGCGCGCACUCACGUGCUCAUGGACCCUGUCUCUGGCAGAUCUCAGUGCUCGCGGCGGCUCCAAGAUCACGCACGAUGCAUCUCUCGUACACCCGUCCCACGGGACGUCGCAUGCGCCAGAUCGGUCGCUGGUCGCGGAUCUGCUCGCCCGCGCUAGAGUGCGCUGCGGCCUCACUCUCCCUGAGCUAGCUGCCGUCCAUUCUGCCCGGAUAUCCACACUGUCUCACCCGCUGAGUCUGUUCCACGAACAAGUGGCGUUGGGGGAGUGCGCGCUGGCGUGGCUGGUGCUGCACGACCGGAAUACCGGGGUGAUCGAGACGCAAACCCUUGAGCAGUGGUUUGGAGAGGAAAGAUUGCCUCUCGGCUGGUGGGAUGCUACGCGGCCAGUGAACAGCAUCGGACUGCUCAAGGCCAGGAGAACAGCGACUGAAAUCGGACGUCUUGCAGACACAAAGAAGAACCGCACGAUUUGAAUCAAAAUUGUUGCAUGGCUUUCAGAAAGAAAAAACAAUGCUGAUUGUACUAGACUAAUCACGAAUGCACCCUCGAAUAAGCGAUAUUCUUCUCUGCCAGCUGGUUACCACGACGGCCCAUCUCAUCAGUUUCGAUCUUGAGCGACGGUCUGUGGAUGAGUCUUCCCCUUUUCCAUGUCAUGAUCUAUAUACUCUACAUGGUUCAAGAUGUUUUGCCGAUCUCAAGCGUGCUUUGAACUAAAAUGAAAAAUGAGAAGCCUAUCACGUUCAACGCAGGGCGUUCUCAGGUCAAAGAGAAGAAGCUGGUGGUGAGUGAAGAAAAGCCGAAGAGAAGUCCCAUUCAGCAAAAUCGAUGCUCCUCAACAGGGUCGAACUGUUGACCUCCAGAUAAGAUGACUCUGAGUCACUCAUAUGCGAAUAUGAGACUGGCGCUCUAACCAACUGAGCCAGAGAAGCUGUGGAGCAGC